UUAUAAGAUACUUCUUUCUCCGGCGAAAAGAAGAAGAGAACACGAUGGGGAAAGCUUCAGAGACACCGACGAACGCUCGUAAAUCAGAAGUCAAAUCUGAGAAACCUGCUUUCAGGCUUGCCGUCGAUGACACGAAACCUGUUCUUCAGGAUCCGAUUGUGAGAUCGGACCCAACGGAGACAGAAGAGGCUGUGCUCAGAUUGCCAUCCUUCCCACUCAUGAGACCAUAACUGAUGAGCAUAGAAUCCACAUUAGCUGCUUUUAAGACCAGACAAGUGCCGGCGGGAACAGACCAGAGUGUAUUUUCAUUGCAUUAAUAUCACAAUGUAAGAAGCAUUGCAAAACUUCUAAAGUUUGUUUGUUUUUUCUUGUUAAAAGUGGUUAUCCUGUAACUUGAGAGAGACAUUUGUGCCAUCGAAGCCUUGAAUUAGUAACCAACAUUCCUAUU